ACCGGUAGCUAGUGCGCUGUAAGGAUGCAGUCAGCGCUUCGCGCAGCGAGCCAUAAUGGCGCAAGUCGUCCACAACUGUGUCAGUCGCGUCGCGGACGCUUGCAAAUAUGCGCAUACACAUUGAAGAACGCAGCGCUUGACCGCAAGGAGGAGCGGAAGUCAGAGCUAGCAACUCUCCUUGCAUCGGGCAUUAUCGUCGGCGCUUGCACGUCGCCUGCGCUUGCAGAAGAUGCCCUUGCGGUUGCAGCUGCUCCUAUCACAAGUGAACUGCCUGCUUCUACGGCUCCCGCUUUCUCUGUCGUUGCUGAACCGUCUGCCCCCUUGCUGACAGCACCUUCAGUCCAGGCGGAAGGCCAGGAGGCGGUUGCUGCUGUUGCUGGGGCUGGGGCUGAGGUUGCUGCUGCAGCUGUGUCGGCUCCCGAGAUCCAUGGCCCCACCUCCGCCCCCGCCCCCUCCUCCGCGCUGCUGCUGACAUACGCGGGUCUGGGCUCCGCUGCGGUGGGCUUCCUGGCCACCUUCUUCGUGGCGCCGAGGUUCAGGGAGGCGUUCAAGGAGUCGGUUGACUGGCGGGAGAUGUACGGGGUGCUGGUGGCACGCGGGGGGGUGCGGAGUGUGAGCCCCGAUGAGGCGUAUGCGCGGGCACGAAAGGGCGCCGUGCUGCUAGACGUGCGGCUGGCCUCCCAGUCCUCCUCCCUCGCCCCCCAGCCCUCCACCGCCGUACCGCUCUACCAGCCCAUCAGCGGCUGGAGCCUGGCAGCCAACAUCCGGAGAGCGGGGUUCGCGUUCUUCGGAAUCUUUGGAACGGAGCUAAACCCCGACUUCGUAGCUCAGGUGGAGGCGUGCGUGUCCCGUAGCAAGGAGGUGCUUGUGUUGUGCGAGUCGGGUGGCUCGCUGGAUAACAAGCCGGGCACGCAGUUCGGGUUCCAGUCCAGGAGUCUGAAGGCCAUCUACUUCCUGCAGCAGGCGGGUUACACGCGUGUCACACACGUCAAGGUGGGUGGCUGGGGGUUUGCGGUGACAGCCACACCCGUCCCUUGCUCCAGCACUGUGCGAAUCGCAUGCAACUCCAAUCCCCUUCUUCCCUCCUCCCUGGCCUCUCCUCCCUGGCCUCUCCUCCCUGGCCUCUCCUCCCUGGCCUCUCCUCCCUGGCCUCUCCUCCCCUCCUCCCAGGGCGGCCUCCGCGAGUGGCAACGCGCCGGCCUGCCCCUCACCUCCUCCUCACCUUCCGAAGCAGACCCCGCAGCCCCCCAGCAGCAGCAGGUGGGGUCUUCCAGGCAGGCGGGGGCGGGCAGCCCUCCCGCCUCCCCCUCUGGCACCACCACAGCCGGCAGCAGCAGCAGCAGCAGCGGCAGGUUCCGGACCCCAGCCGCCCCCGCACCCCCCAGCGGCACACGCAGCCUGAGGGCGGCUGCUCGGGAGCUCAUGGCGAGCAGCCGCAGCCGCUAACUGGGGGGGGGGAGAGGGAAGGGCGCUUAGGAAGAGGCGGGGGGUAAGGAGAGGAAACUGACGUGUUGUAGGACGAGGGACGGGGUGCUUGGGAGGGGGCGGGGAAAACUCCAAACUACCUUGGUACUGGUACCGGGGUGGCCAAGACCCCGUGGUUCGUCUGUAUGGUUCGUCUGAGUGACAAGUUGCCUCAUAGUUGUCUGGGUGCGGAGAGAGGAGUGAGAGAGAGGAAAGAGGGAAGAGAACGGACACGAGUAUAACAUGCGUGUGAUGAUGUUGAAGGUGUAGGAGCGUUAAGAGGCACGGACCUGUCUGUCUGUCUGUCGAGGGCGAGGGGUAUGGAGUGGUGAGUGGGUUAUGGCUCACGAGAGGUGAAUGCCAACUUGUGGGGGACCCUGCGAUCUGCUGAGCGACAGAUGGUGAAGCGCGAAAGGGGUGGAUAGCGGAUGAGCGCAGGGGUAGUUCGAGAAGGGGUGUCAGCUUCCUAAAGCUGAUAAAUGGUUCGGAUCCUCUUGCUGAGGAUAGGCACAUGGAUAUAGGGCAUCUCAACGGGU